AGUCUGCUACCGGCUACCGCUUCCCCCUCCUCGUAGGCCCAUUCCGGAGUUCGGACCAACCCCACUCCAAGGUCCAAACCCUAGCCCAGCCUCACCUCACCACCCAUGGUGCAAGACGCACCCAACGCCCUCGCCUCCGUCACCGACCACCCCGCCCCACCGUCCCGCCUUGUUUCCAAGCACCGCCCGCGCCGCCGCGCCGCGGCCUCCGCCUCCCGCCCUCCCCUGCCGCCCCCGGCGCCCGCGCCCGACCUCACCCAGUGCCACUGCUGCGGCGUCCGCUUCCCGACGCCGCAGCCGGGGGCCAAGCCCAAGCGCCGCCCGGUCCGCCCGCUCAGCUCCCUGUGGCGCGUCGUCCUCCUCUGCGCGGAAUGCCUCUCCCUCGUCAGCUCCGCGGCCGUCUGCGCCUACUGCCUCUCCCUCGACAACCCCCCGCCCGAGGACUCCGCCGUCUCUUGUCGCCGCUGCAGGCGCUUCGUCCACCAAUCCUGCAUCCCAGCCGAGCACCGCACGGCCCUGAUCCAGCCCGUCGACUUGGAGGAUUUCCUCUGCGUCGAUUGCUGCCCCACCCUGAGACCGAAGGUCGGGGGCUUCAAUUUGGGGAUGAAUCUGGAGGCUUACCCGAGGGAUCCUACCUCCGUGGUUGGGGGCGACGCUCUGAGGAAGGCUGUAGAGGUGAAGUCGCCUUCCAAGCGGGGUAAGGAAGCCGUUGGCACCGGGUUCGCGGGGCGGGGCAGUGGUGAUCCGGUGCUGCUGGAUGAGGAGUUGGCUUUGCAGCUGCAUCUGGCGAUGAAUGGAUCACAGAGGAUUUCACGGUCAGGGAACUCAUCUAGUGGUGCCUCUGCCGAGCUAGGCAAGGGGAAUAAUGGUGUGGUUGCUGGAAGGAAUACCAAUGGAAAUCAGGAGAUUUGUAUAACCAAUAUGAUGGCUCAGCUUGACGACGAAGAAGAACCAGGUCGCAACAGGGUUUUAAAGCGAUUUAGGAGAUCUUAUUCAUUAGUCACAGUGGUUCUUGCGCUAGAAUGUGUGAAAGGUAAACACACCAAGGAGAGGAUGAAAGCUAAAAGAAAAGGUCCUCCUGUGACUCUACAGCAGGAUGGUUUGGUCAAUCCUUAUAAGAAGAAGUAUAGCAAAAGCAUAUGUGAUGAGAAGGACAUAGAUGGUGAUCAUGGUGAUAAUGGUGUUGCUCCAAUGAAAUAGACUGCUUGAGCCAUUUGGAGGUAUUUGGGCAGGAAUGCGCACAGUCCGUUACUUUGAUGGCAAAAUAUAUGAAUGGGUUGGACUGAACCACCAGCGAAGCAUCAUGGGUAAGAGCAAGACGAUGAAGAAGGUUGAAGCCUUUUUGUUGGCAACUCUUAUGCAUAGUGGAGCUACUUAUCUGCGUGAUUUGAGCUCUCUUCUCCUUUCAUGUUAGACAUAGCACUGGCAAUUCUUUGGAAAAAAGGGCUGUUUUGCUCACCCGCCUGCCAGUUUGAUGACCCAAUGCCUACCUAGCCGAUCUUCUUCUGGAGCUUUACUGGGAUUGUGCUUUUGAUUCGGUCGGAUUCUCCGUGAUAAGCAUAAGAUUUGAUUUGUUCAAUAGGAAGUUUAUUUUCUAGGCAUCAAGUACCUUAUCUUGGUCCAUUUCGAACUCGAUGUUUUAAGAUAACAGCUGCUUGCUGCUGUACAGUAUUUUGCCAUGUAACUUACAUUACAUAGUAGGGAUGCCCCAUUUUUCUACUGCUCCUGGUAGGAAUUUAGUUUGUCACAAAAUUUCAUAUGCAGUUUGAUGUUUAAAUCUGAAUUGUUUAUAGAUGAAUUUGGUUUCGUCCAUACCACCGGCUGAACGGGCAUGGAUCUAGUUUUUUCUUUUUUUUUCUUUUUAAUUAUGAAAUAAACUGUAGUGUUUCCGUUCCUUGUUUUAGACUUUUUUGGAUCCUCUGAAGCAGGAAGUAGUAGUCGCAGGUGUAGCAGAAUGAAUUUGCCUGCAUUUCGUCGGAUGCGAGAUCUUGGGCCUGCGUUUAAACGGGCCAGGCCUAUAACUGGGCCUAGCCCAGUGACCAUCCGGCCCGCCGUUUUCCCAUUUGGAGUCGAGCAGAGUUGCUCUCACUCGGGAAGAGAAAGGGAAAGGAAGAUAAGGCUCAAGCGCAGCUUCGUCUUCCUCUUAUCCGCGGAGGAAGAACAUUGGCCCGACACCAUGCUCCCAAUGGCCGUUCACCCAGCCACCACGCCGGCCCUCGCCCCGCGCGCCCGCCUCGCCCCGCCCAGACCUUCUACCUCCCUGGCCGCCGCCUCGUCCUCCUCCGGCUCUCGCAUCGUCAGUUUCGAGACCAGGAGGCUGCCCCUUGGCUCGCUCCGCAGUGUCUCCGCCGCCGCCGCUGCCGACGCCGUCGAAGCAGAGGACGAAGAGGUGCAACUAGGUGGAGGCGGGGAUGCGUUUUACGAGGAGGAACCUGAGGAGUAUAAGGUGGCGGUGCCCGAGAGACAGGACCCGAUGCUGGUACUCAAGUUCAUCUGGAUGGAGAAGAACAUUGGCAUAGCACUUGACCAGCUGGUUCCAGGCUAUGGCAGCAUUCCGUUAAGCCCGUACUACUUUUGGCCACGGAAAGACGCGUGGGAGGAGUUGAGAGCAAAGCUGGAAGAGAAAGAGUGGAUCUCGCAGAAGCAGAUGAUCAUCCUUCUCAACCAGGCCACCGACAUAAUCAACCUCUGGCAGCAGGGUGGCGGGAGCCUGUCAACAUGAGUCCCUCACUCCCUCCCCUCCCUGUUCGUCCAGCCUUGCAAACUUGUUUUUUAUUGGUGUUUUCCCACGCCUUAUCUAUUGUUAAUGUUGAAGUCACACAGUACAUGGCCUUGUAGAUCAGUUUCGGUUCAAUCUGUUCGAAGAUAUGGUUUUGUUCAUGGAAAUGGUCGGUGUGAUAUAUUGAUCUUCGUGAGCUGAACAAUUUGGUCAUGGAGUGAAAUGACUACUAAUGGCUAGAUUUCAUUAGAAUUUCAGUCAGUAUUUUUUUUGGACCAAUGCAAGCAAGAUAGAAAGUGCCAAAUAAAACUGGGUGUUUUCUUUA